AGUAGAUAACCUACGAUCACAUAGAAAGUGAUUUUUAGUCUAACGUAUGUAUUAGGCUACUUGUAUUAGAUUAAUACUGGAACUUAAAUGUGAAUAGUUCAGUAAAGUUUAGGCCCACUAAUAAAUAAAUACAUAUAUAUGUUAUGUUUUGCUCGUGCAGGCUAUUAGCCUAGUGUUUGGCCUGAUAUUUUGUGAAAUAAUGCAGAGACAGAUUUUUAGUGGGCCUAAACUUUACUGAAUUGCAGUAUUAAUCUAAUGUAAUUAGGCCUAAUAGAUACGGUUCAUGGCACCUGAACGGAUUAGACUAAAAAACACUUUCUUUUCGACUAUAGGUUUACUCAUGACGUGAAAUAUUUAGAACUAUACUGUGUCAAAGUUAAGAGAUGUUGUACGUUUGAAUACAAUACCACAUCUACACGCUAGCGACGCGGCAGUGAGAUCGCUGCUGAGGCGCGACGCAUUCCAGGAACAUUCCAGUUGUGACGCCUUCGAGCUCAAGAACCACCCAAUGAACGCCGUGACUCCGCCCGAUGUCAGGUGCACUAGACUUACCCUCACUGUCCUCGGUCAAAUCACUUCAUCUCACUCUCGAGACCACAAAGAAACUCCGCAAGUUAACGUGCUGAUUUGAACUCACCUGGGCGGAUAUAUAUCAUGGAUUUGAUCUGAAUCGUUUUGUAGGCUAACAGGAGGUGAGAGCAACAGCAGACAGGAUGAGUUGGGGAGCACUUUAUGCCCAGCUGGGAGGAGUAAAUAAACACUCCACUAGCCUGGGAAAGAUCUGGCUGUCUGUCCUCUUCAUCUUCCGCAUUAGCAUCCUUGUAAUAGCCGCCGAAACGGUCUGGGGGGAUGAGCAGUCUGACUUCACCUGUAACACACAACAGCCCGGCUGCAAAAACGUCUGCUACGACCACUUCUUUCCAGUCUCACACAUCCGUCUCUGGUGCCUGCAGCUCAUCUUUGUGUCUACACCGGCUUUGAUGGUGGCUAUGCAUGUGGCGUAUCGCAAACAUAAUGUAAAGAAAAGACUUUUGGCCAACCGAGUUGGCGGUCCCAAAGGGGACGACCUGGAGAGUCUGAAGAAUAGGCGUCUACCCAUCACUGGGCCGCUGUGGUGGACCUACACCUCCAGCCUGUUCUUCAGGCUCCUUUUCGAGGCUGGAUUCAUGUACGCUCUGUAUUAUGUCUACGAUGGGUUUCAGAUGGCCCGUCUUGUGAAGUGUGAGCAGUGGCCCUGUCCCAAUAAAGUUGACUGCUUCAUCUCACGACCAACAGAGAAGACAGUCUUCACCAUCUUCAUGGUGGGAUCUUCUUCCAUCUGCAUUGUGCUCAAUGUGGCUGAACUGGCCUACCUGAUUGUCAAAGCAUUGCUGAGGUGCUCAGCCAGAGCCAAAGGAAGGCACGCUUUUGUUCACCAAGAUAAAAUGUCCACAGAAAAAGCAAACUUGCAGAAUGAAAAGAACGCAAGGUUGCUGUCAUCUGCUUCAGACUCCUUGAGCGAUAAGACUGUUUAAGAUUAUCCUUACAUCCAGUGACUGAUUCUACCAACAUGGUUAUAGGGUUGAGAUGACAGUGUUUUAAAGGUGACUAAACACACACAGUUUCACCCAAUCACAUGUUAAUCAUGACGAUCUAUAAAGUAGUAUUGCAUCCUUCAUAUCUCCAAAAAGUCUUAAGUUUUAUCAUGUUUAUAUAAGAAAGAUGCACCUUUCCGAUUCUCUACAGAGUGAGGAGCACUUAAGCACUGAUUGACAACAAAACAGAGACAUUUGAUGCAGUUUCACUUACGAGUCGUGACUGGGAUCUUUCAUAGCUGGGACCACUUCAUCUUUCAGUAUCAAAUGAUGUGCAAAUCAAGCGUCGAUCUGGGACUUGUUUAUAAAACUUUCAUCAACAAACAGACUUGCGAAACUCCAUUGCUGCCCCGGAAAAAACAACUGCAUCCACUGAAGGGUA